UACUUUUUCCCAACCUCUUCCCUCUUCCCCUCUACUUGCUCCUACUUACCCUCCUCGCCACCAAAAUCCUUCCUGGACCAAACUCGUGUCUUUUUGCAAGGAAAGAGAUUCAGCUAAGGUCAAGAUUUAUGCGUCUAGUUUGGUCAAGCUAAGGGAAAAAGCAGAGAUUCUUUGCUCCAUCAUUCUUCAGCAUCAAGUUGUUGCUAGUGUCAAGAAGAAGGAAGAUGAACCAGGAAAUGAAUGGGGUUGAUGUUGAAAGGGUUCAGGAGAAUGGGCAUGAGAAAAUAGAUUAUGUUUUUAAGGUGGUAGUGAUCGGGGACUCUGCUGUGGGCAAGACCCAGAUACUCUCAAGGUUUGCAAAGAAUGAAUUCUGCCUUGACUCAAAGUCCACCAUUGGUGUGGAGUUUCAGACUAGGACUGUCACCAUCAAUGGCAAAGUCAUCAAAGCUCAGAUCUGGGACACUGCUGGCCAGGAAAGGUACAGGGCAGUGACAAGUGCAUACUACAGAGGAGCAUUAGGGGCAAUGCUGGUGUACGACAUAACCAAACGGCAGUCGUUUGAUCAUGUAGCGAGGUGGGUGGAGGAGUUAAGAGCACACGCGGAUAACUCCAUAGUGAUAAUGCUAAUAGGGAACAAAGCUGACCUGGUGGAUCUGAGGGCAGUGUCUACGGAGGACGCGGUGGAGUUCGCGGAGGAGCAGGGCCUCUUCUUCUCGGAGACUUCGGCGCUCAGUGGGGAGAACGUGGAAUCUGCGUUCUUCAAAUUGCUGGAAGAGAUCAACAGGGUUGUGUCCAGGAAAGCACUGGAGUUCACGAAUGGGAACGCCAGUCAUGGUGCUCAUAAUGCGGCCACACUAAAGGGGUCCAAGAUUGAUGUAAUUACAGCUCCUGAGUUGGAAAUUAGUGAGAUGAAGAAGUUAUCUUCCUGUUCGUGCUGAUGGCAGCGAAAAGCUGGCAUUUUUUCCCCCCUCUUUCAAAAUUCGUCUGUGUAGCCAUCUUCUUGACGAGUGUGCUCUGCUAUGUCAUCUAGGCAGAUUGCUGUUCAUGCUCAGAGUUUAAGAGCAUUUACUAUUUUCAGAAAAUUAUGAAUUUUUAAUUGGAGGCGUAAAUAUAGAGUUAAUGGACGCACCAACUUACAACAAAGGAUUGGAAACAGAUUUUCUGCCAUAAAAAAAAUCACAUUAUAACUAGUUAUAAUAUUUAUAGUGACCAGUUGAAGUUAAUAAAUAUGUUCAUAAAUUAGUUUGUUACUCUGUUUGAUUGGCAUUGGAAUCCAGAAUUUGUUUUUCUUUCAA